AUGGUCGCCCCUCGACCGUCGACCUCGUUCGUCGCGACCCUCACACGACGAAUCAGGCCCCAACCCCCUACACGACCAUUCCAUCUCCCAUCUCCGACCCCUCGCUACCCGACCACCUACCUUGAAUCGACGCCCCCACGUCGUUCGAUCGUCUCCGUCGCAGCGUUCAAGAACCUCCUCUCGCGCCGUCGUCAAUCCGAGAAGGACGUCUCCGAAGCGCAAUCCAUCAACACGGCCAAAGCUUUGGACAAGGAAGUCGCGUUGAAGAGCUCGGCGCCGAAGGGUUUGUUCGAUGCGGUCGCGGAGGAGGAGGAAGUCGUUGAGAGCGUUAAAAUGGCCAGAGGGCAGGUUGGUAGGGCGACUUAUGUGAGUUGCUGUUGAGCGGUUAUUGGUCAUGUGGGUGGCGGGGGUCAGGAUGAGACUGAGGCUAGCUAUAUGGUGUACAGCACAAAUCGAGUACGGCGAAUUUCAAGACGUCGAAACGCAAGCUCAACGACCUCAGUCGCUUGAUCGCCGGACGAGGCGCCGAUGAAGCCAUUCUGCAACUGCAGGUGCGUGUCCUUCCACGGUUAGACUAAGAACACCUUUUCGUGCUAAUGGUCUGAAUGUCUCCUUGGCUGGCAGAUGUCACCGAAGAAACAAGCGCCGAGGUUGUUGUCCAUGUUGGCGCUCGCUAGGGACCAUGCGAUGGCCAAAGGACUCAGCCGGGAUCAACUCGUCGUUGGUAAGUCGGGUUCGAAUUCAGAUCCGAGGGUGAGCAAGAUUUGAGACCGAACGUAACUGUGAUCACCUUCUCCCAGCGCAAUCCUGGACGUCCAAAGGCCCCUCCCUCAAACGCGUCGACAUCAAAGGCCGAGGACGUUUCGGCACCAAACACCACAACUCUGCCAAACUACACGUCUUGCUCGCCGAGGGAAUUACGGAGGAGGAAAAGAGGAGACAGAGGAAGAAGGACCAGUGGAGGAAGAGUAUUCGGGGGUUGACGGAGGGGGAUGUUGGAGUUGGCAACGGAGGAAGACCGUUGAUCAACGUUGGGGUUGGGGAUUGGAGGUGGUAGAUGGGGCGUGUGGAAUGAGAUUUGAAAACCUGUCGGCCUGCAGUGACUUUUUCCGCUUUUUUUUUUUUUUGCAAAAUCAUGCUCGCCGAAGAAAUACCCGCGAUCUUAAGUUAACCGCCGCCGGGACGCGAUGGCACGCGACGGCCCAAUCCAAAACGCCAGGGCUUGGCUUUCCGCGAGACUAAUAGCGCUCUAACAGCGCUCUGCCAGGCUCUGCCUCGCUCUGCAUUCUCAUCGCAUCGCCGAGGAGCGGAUUCCCGUCGUCGUGUCCCGGCGCCGAGUUGCUUCGUCUCCUCCGCGCCUGGUCGACCACACACGAGACACGAGCGCAGUACGCGCAGUCAGCACCCGGUCAACACUUGCCAUCGAUUCCGACCCCAAAACACGCCCCUUUGACGCCUUCGAACGGUCUCGGACUUGGACUUGCGCCUCGUCGCCGUGGAGGGACCGCGAUGGAGCAGCCGAGCAGCGGCGGCGGUGGCUCGGCGUUGCUGCUGAGACUGUUUGAGAGCGAUUUCUUUGAUGUGCACUUGUGUGUCGCCUAGUAAGUACCCUACGCGUCUACUUGCUGUUGGCGUUGAGGCAGUCCGACGCGAUCCACGUCGCUCGAAACGAUCGGCAUUCCGAGAGUGGUCGGCUCGGGUGACACGAUGCGCUACGCGUCGCCUCCGAGCCAACAUGACCUCGCCGCCCACGAUUCCCGAUUCCCGAUUCCCGAUUCCCGAGCUCCGGACAUGCCAUUAUGGCCUGAACAUGACCGGGCCAUGCAAUACCAUCGCUCGGAGGCUAGUGCUCGCCAACCAAGCCUCACAUCGAAUGCAGCAACGCGACCGGACCCGAACCGGCCUCGCCUCUCCUCUCCCGGCGGCACGUCGAGCUGAUGCGAUGGUCGCCUUAUCCCAUUCCACAGCCUCAAGAACUAUCCGCAUUCGAUCGGUAUCACACAUUACCUCGUCAAUCGGCUCAGAGGUUUCGCCGCAGACGACGUCGAGUUCUAUUGGCCCCAGCUGUGGUCAGUGCCCCGAGCCUCACUCUGUCGAGAGCUACCAAAUUCGGGCUGCCAAAUCCGACUCCUAACCCCCCACCGCUCCCCCCUUAGUUACCUCGUCAUCACACGGCCUACACCUUCGGUCGCGUUGGAGAACUUUAUCCUCGAACGAUGUGAAAGCGACGCCCACAUUGCCGUCAUCGUCAGUCUGUACCAGAUCUUUCUCGGGGGAAGAUCUUGCUAACCUCCAGGCGACACCCACACCCACCCACAGACGCUGUGGUACCUCCAAUCCUCGCUUUCAGAUCUCUCCUCGAUGCCCAAGUCGGAACAAUUCGCCGUCUGCCGUCGCGUGUACAAUCGCGUGCAAGCCAUCAUCUUCACCGACCCUCCGACACCUCCCCCCAUGACCCCAGAACCGAUGGUUAGCGACGUCUCGGCCGUCAAACCCCCUUCCAAAGCCGACCCCGUCGAUACGGGUCUCCCACUGGCCAAACUGAAUGCUCCGACGGCGAUGUUUGUCGGGUUGGGUAUCUUGGCCGCGUCGAUUGCGAUGCCAAGAUUGGCGAGUACGACGGGCAAAGUCGCCGUCGAGCAGGCGCGUAGAGUCGAUCAGAUCACCAAGUCCGAUUCGGAUGCUGGUAAUGACGCCGAGGAUAAUAGUGCGAGUGACGAGGAUCUUCCGUUGGCCAAGACAGCAAGGUCUACAGCCCCAGGCGCGAAAUCGAAGCCACCAGCAACGUCGAACGGGGUCUCGAGAAAGAAUGGACUGCCGACUCUUCUUGGCGACUCGCCACGGCGCGCCAGUACGAGCAAGUUGCCGUCGUCGGGGAAACGCCAACCAAGCUAUGUACCUGGGGCACCCAUCGAGGCUUCCUCCGCGAGCAGCGCCUCAGCUUUCCUGAGCUCGCUAGCCUCGCAUCCACAAUCGAAAUCACAUACGUUCCUGCCGACGACGACCACGUCUUUAUCGACUUCGGGCCCAGCCGGGGAUCGAUCACGGUCGACGACGACUGUAGGACGUGCGCUGACGACGGUCACCACCAAGAAGUCGGGAUGGGCCAACGACCCGGCCACGGCCAGUCCUUUGCUCGGUCGACGGCGUCAGUCCGCGUUCCAUCCCCACGCCUUCUCGUCCUCCUCUGUCCCUUCACUCCACGUACCCUCUCCGGGCUUCAUCAACAACCCUUCGAGCUCGUUUCUCAGUGGAGUGACAACACCAGGCUAUGGCCUGCCUCCGGCCUUCCUGUCCAAGCUAUUGCUAUUGCAAGCCUGUCGGUCACAAUUGGAUCUACUACGGUCCUUGCAGGACAUCUCCACCCGACUGGUCCUCGUUCCGAAACCAGCUCGACUUUCAUCCCUUCGCGCCGAACUGACCGUCCUCAACCACGGCCUACCACGAGGCUGUUCCCUCGGUAUGCCAAGUCGCAACUACCACCCCAUAGCUCCCCCCUCAUCCGACAAAGCUCAAAAACGCAUCCACUUCAAACCUCAAGCACGAAUCGUUCGCAUCUCCCCUUCGGAAUCGGUCGUACUCAACUCGGCCGAUCGAGCACCUUUCGUCAUUCAUGUUGAAGUGCUCGAGACUGAUCUGGAUUUCGAUCCUGAUCGACGGCAGAACGCGGAGGACUUGCGAAGGGCCUUGCAGGAAAGGGAGGGCAGGUCGUCGUCGGCUGGUGGUGGAGCGGUGAAGGGGAAUGGGCACGGACUUGUGGGUGCUGCCGGAUCAUCGACGAGCGAUUUGUCGGGCGCGAGGAAGAACUCGAUCAUGGUCUCGAGGGGGAGUUUCGAUCAUGCUUUGGAGAGGCAGAGGUUCUCGAGUGCGGGCGCGAGCUCACCUUCCCUUCUGGCGUCGUCGAGCAAAGAAGUCCCAGCCUUGAGCCCAUCACGAGCGACUGCGUCCAAGGUGCCGAGGGUGCCGGAUAAUAGAGGGGAUAUCUCCUUGGCUUCUUCCGAAACGAGCAAGAGUUCAACAUCGCAGCAGCGACUCGAGGCCGAAACGUUCGAGGAGCCGGAAGGGGAAAUGGAUCUGGUCGAACAAUUAUACGGCGACGUCUCGAUCCACGACGCGCCUUUCUCACCUCGCGAAGCGGAGGAAGAAGAGAUCCACAAUCGUUCGGUCGACGAACAAGCUUGGGCAAGGGCUUCGACACCUACUGCGACGGGUCCACCGGCUGAGGAAACCCUUGGAGUGGGAAUGAUCGACCGGCCGAUCGAUCGACCCUUGACGCCUACGACGCCAUCCAAUACGAGGCCUCCUCUAUCGGCUUCGUCUUCGUCUUCUCCCGCCGUUCCGACUUGGUCCAAACCCGGUGGGAGAUCCGUCAGUUCCCGACCUGCGAUCUCGAUCGACGACUACGCCGAUCGCAUGCGUAUGGCCGCAGUCAUGCUCGCCCAACUUGAUGCCUCCCAAGCAGCCACAAGAGGCGUCGUCGCCAAAGGUACCGCAGCAGCAGGGACAUUGGUCGGUCUACCCGUUGCGACCGUCGCGGGGAUAGGGGGCGUCGUCGGAGCGGGGUUGGGAGCCGUCGCUUCUCGUUUACCUUUUGGUUCGAACAAGGUGGCUGCGACGGGUGCGGCGUUGAGUGCCGCGGCUGCUUCGAACCCUGAAGGACAAGUAGGCCAAGCUUCGUCGGGGACGACGACGACGUUGGAUACGACCAGUGCGGCGGAUGGGACCUCGGCUGUGGCAGGUCAACCUCCUUUGAUGAAUGGACCGACGACGACGCCGACACCUAGUGCACCCCAAACGAGGGCAAGGUUGUUGGCCCCUGCGGAAGCGACGAUGAUUCGCGAACGCAUCAUGAGUGAGAUGAUGGCGUUGGAAGAAGAACGCAUGGCCCGAAUGAGGGAAGACGGUCGUGCUCGGAGUGGUUGGACGCACGCCGUGUCCUCGACCGGAAGUGGUGCUCUCGAAGACGGAGCCGUCGUCAUGCGCGCAGUCAACAAAGACGAUCCGUCCGGUGCGGUCUUCAGAGAAUCCUUUGCGGAUAAAACGGCGAGGAUUCGAGCGGCUUCCCCGUAUGGUCAUUUGGCGAAUUGGAACGUCAUUUCGGUCAUUGUCAAGACGGGCGCCGAUUUGAGGCAGGAACAGUUUGCGAUUCAGUUGGUCAAAGAGUUUGGGAGGAUUUGGGCAGAGGAGAAGUGUCCGAGUUGGGUUUGCUAGUGAGUUGCAAACAGGGCACGGUGUCGCCAUCAGUAGGGACUAACGGCUGCGCUCUUUGAUCAGCUUCCGGAUCUUGGUAACUUCGGAACAGUCGGGUUUGAUGGAGACCAUCACCGAUGCGGUGUCGAUCCAUUCGAUCAAGAAAGACGCGUACACGCGUACGGCCGCCGACGGGACCCAGGUGUUCACUUCCUUCACGUUAUACGACCAUUUCGUCGAUGUGAGUAGUCCGACCCUCUCAUUGAUUGAGCAUGCACCUCGACGAAAGGAGAAACUGAUAUGUGGGGAGUACGAUCCGAUUCACAGACGUAUGGUCCCCCGAGCUCGGGCCGGUUCCGUAAAGCCCAGGACGCGUUCGUCAAGAGUUUGGCGUCGUAUUCGGUCAUUUGUUAUUUGCUCCAACUCAAGGAUCGACACAAUGGCAACAUCCUCGUUGAUCGUGAUGGGCAUCUGAUCCGUGAGUCGCGGCCUUUGCGUGGCCUCUCGUCGACGAGACGGAGCUGACACCUGCUUCCUGGAGAGCAGACAUCGAUUUCGGCUUCCUCCUCUCCAACUCGCCCGGAUCGCUCGGCUUUGAAAUGGCGCCUUUCAAACUGCCGCAGGACUACAUCGACAUCCUAGGUGGAUACGAAAGUGACAAGUUUCUCGAGUUCAAACACCUCUUCAAGCGCGCGUUCAGAGCCGCUCGUAAACACGCUGAGAGGAUCAUCACCCUCGUCGAAUUGAUGCAAAAAGGUGGGUUGAUGCGGGAAAACAAAGUCAACGCGAGAGGGCUUCGAUGGGGACUGACUUGGGGUCGGAACCUUGACAUCAUCUCCAGAUUCGAAGCUCGAUUGUUUCGCCAAUGGCGAGUUGACUUCGCAGCAAUUGAGGGAGCGGUUCAUGCUUUCCCUGACGUCGGCGCAGAUCGACGAGUAUUCGGAGAAACUCAUCAUCAACGCUGCGACGUCCUCGUUCACGAGGUUGUAUGAGUGA